UUGUGUUAGUUAAGCGAAAGAUUUCUAUUGUGGCGGUUAGGUACGGAUGCGCGACGUUUGCGUAUGUAGCAAAAAUUAACAUUAGAUUGGUUUUUGAAUUGAGAAUAAAUUUGCAGUAUUGUUGGGAACAAAUUUCUGGAAUAAAACACGUUAAAUGCACUUGCAUUAAUAAUUGAAAUAAUAAAGUGCUUGGACAAUUUGUUGCUAAAUUAAAUGGGAGAAUUAAUAAGUAGUGAAACAUCAUGCAUCAGUCAAAAUGUCAACUUAUGAUACAUAAGUUUUACUUACAAUCAUAAAUACAACUACAAAAUGAGUAAUUUUGCAGUAGAAAAGUACAAAUACAACAAAUACAACUGAAAAAAAGCUGCAAAUGAAAAGUGAAAUAAAUUAAUAAAGUGCAAAGAAAAAAAGAAAAACAAAAUAAUUAAUUUUAUCACGUCUUGUCCUAACGUGUACCAGUUAUAUGAUCCAUAGAUCCAUAGAUGAGUCAACUCAUCUGAAGCAACAAGUCAAAACAGCAAAACCGUUGCAAUAUUUAUUGUUCAGUGUUCCCAACUUCAGUUUUAGAGACCGAAUUCAUGCUUAAAACAAAUUUCAGUUUUGCUUCAACAUGACUACAAUCUGGAAUUUCAUAUUUAUCGUGGUUGUGUUAGUAUGCGCAGAAGCCGAUGAAUCACUUGACACAAGAGAGAAUGCGGAUCUUACAUUAAAAUGUCGCUUUACCGAACAUUACGAAGAAAAUAAUUUUUCCUUUUAUUGGGCACGAUGGACUGCAAACCCAGCUCAAUUUGAGAAUGUUGCUAUUGGCGAGGUGCAGUUGGGUUCAGGAUACAGAAUCGAUUUUCGUCCUGAUCGUGGUAUUUAUGAUUUACAAAUUAAAAAUGCUUCAUAUAGUCGUGACAACGGGCGUUUUGAAUGUCGCGUCAAAGCCAAAGGUACAGGAGCUGAUGUUCAUCAGGAGUUUUUUAAUUUGACCGUCUUGACUCCACCACACCCACCAAUUAUUUCGCCGGGAAACAAUGCCGUUGCAACAGAGGAUAAACCGAUGGAGCUCACAUGUAGUAGUAUCGGUGGUUCACCUGAUCCAAUGAUAACUUGGUAUCGCGAAGGCAGCAAUGCACCCUUGCAAGCAACUGUAGUGAAAGGCGGCUCAAAGGAUCAACCAACAAAUGGAACCCUAACAAUAACGCCACAACGGGUAGAUGAUAACGCCAAGUACAAAUGUGUUGUUUGGAAUCGUGCCAUGAAUGACGGACAGCGUUUGGAGACAACUGCAACGUUAAAUGUUAAUUAUUAUCCACGAGUGUCUAUUGGUCCUGAAAAUCCACUGCGAGUCGAACGUGAUCGCACUGCUAAAUUAGAAUGUAAUGUUGAUGCUAAACCUAAAGUACCUAACAUACGUUGGACACGUAAUGGUAGAUUCAUCAGUUCUUUAUUGGUGCACUCCAUACAUCGCGUUAGCGUGCAAGACGCUGGCGUAUACACUUGCUCAGCUGAUAAUGGGCUUGGAAAAACGAGUGAGCAAGAACUUAUACUCGACAUACUCUAUCCACCUACUGUAGUUAUAGAAUCGAAAACGUAUGAAGCUGAAGAGGGUGACACAGUAAAAAUACGCUGUAAUGUCACAGCUAAUCCAACUCCUAUAACCAUUGAGUGGAUUAAAGAUGGUUCACCUGAAUUUCAUUAUUCAGGCGAUGUGCUUACGCUAUCAUCAGUGCGUGCUGAACAUGCUGGCAAUUAUGUCUGUCGUGCUGUGAAUAUUAUCCAAUCUUUUGGCCAGGAGCGUAGUGAACGAACUGGAAAUUCUACUGUGGCUCUAUUGGUUCGCCACCGGCCUGGACAAGCAUAUAUUACUCCAAACAAACCAAUUGUGCAUGUAGGCAAUGGUGUUACGUUGACAUGUUCCGCUAAGCCACCAGGUUGGCCAGUACCACAAUACCGUUGGUUCCGUGAUAUGGAUGGUGAAUUUUCUACUACUCAAAACAUUUUAGCAUCUGGUCCACAAUAUUCUAUUCCUAAAGCACAUUUAGGAAAUGAAGGUAAGUAUCAUUGUCAUGCUGUAAAUGAGCUCGGUAUUGGAAAAAUGGCCACGAUUGUGCUGGAGAUACAUCAACCACCACAGUUCCUAGCGAAAUUACAACAACAUAUGACCAAAGCAGUAUCAGAUUCUGAUUAUGCUGUAACAUGCAGUGCCAAAGGCAAACCAGUACCAAGUAUACGUUGGCUUAAGGAUGGUGUAGAAAUUUCAUCAGAAAAAAAUUUGUAUGAAGUCAAAACCAAUCCUGAUGAAGGUCCCAAUGGCAUGGUCACAGUACAAAGUAUGCUUAAGUUUUACGGUAAAUUGCGUCCUAACAACAAUCAACUGGUACCUGGUGAUCGCGGACUUUACACUUGUUUGUAUGAGAAUGAAGUGAAUUCAGCAAAUUCUAGCAUGCAGUUGCGCAUCGAACAUGAGCCAAUUAUAUUACAUCAAUAUAACAAAGUAGCGUAUGAUAUUCGAGAAACCGCCGAAGUUGUUUGCAAGGUGCAAGCAUAUCCAAAACCGGAAUUUCAGUGGCAAUUUGGUAAUAAUCCCUCUCCUCUUACUAUGUCUUCUGAUGGUCAUUAUGAAAUUACCACUGCAAAUGAUAAUAACGAUGUUUAUACAUCCACACUACGUAUUAAUUCUUUAACCCAUGCUGAUUAUGGCGAAUAUACGUGUCGCGUUGAUAACUCACAUGACACCAUUCGAGCACCAAUACGUCUUCAACAAAAGGGAGCACCGGAAAAGCCUACAAAUACGCGCACUGUAGAAGUUGGUUCAAACUAUGUUCUCCUAAGUUGGAAUCCUGGCUUUGACGGUGGUCUUAGUAAUACAAAGUUCUUUGUGAGUUAUCGUCGUGUUCCAAUGCCGCGCAAAGAACAAAUGAUUCCCAAUUGUGCUACGAUUGCUAACAGCAAUACCGAUUGGAUGGAGUUUGAUUGCCAUCGGGACAACCCAUGUAAAGUUGCUCCGCUUGAUCAGCAUCAAAGUUAUGCAUUUAAAGUGAAUGCUCUAAAUACAAAAGGCAAUUCGCCAUACUCCAACGAAGUAAUGACCACGACUAAGGUCAGCAAGAUACCUCCUCCACUUCACGUUACUUAUGAACCCAAUUCACGUACGUUAGGCAUAAAUGUUGGCGCUACCUGUUUAUCGCUUAUUGCAGUGGUUGAGUCUAUAAUUAACAGUGAAACUCCAAUGGCAGCUUGGGAAGUUGUCGAUACAGUUACUUUACAAUUAUCCGGUAAUGGUCCAACAUUUAAGGAACAUGUAAUUGAUCGACCUAUCGCUUCUCGUUUUGACACUAGUGACCGCUCACAUUCAAUCAACGACAAUGGCGAUGACAGUGAUAUGAAUUCAUUAGGACUUGAGAAUGACAAUAGUCCAACUGUCCGCGUAAAGUUGUGUUUAAAAUCUAAUCAUGAACAUUGCGGAGAUUAUACUGAAGCGGAAAUUGGACGCACUUACAUAGCUGAAGCUGCCGCCCUUGCAACUCCUACAUUAAUUGCAAUAAUCGUGUCGUGCAUUGUAUUCGCGUUAUUUGUUGGUUUGCUGUUAAUGUUCUGUCGUUGCAAGCGCAAUCAAUCAAAAAAAAGCGCUGCUGUCAAGGACUAUGAAAUGGAUUCGGUUCGUCCGUCGAUAGUUGCAGCACAACAAAGCCAAGCGCCACCACCUUACUACCCAGCAACUGGGCUCGACAACAAAGCACUUGAACACUCCAUAGAUCUUGCACUCAGCAUGGAGGAGCAAAAAAGUGCGUUAUAUGCAACUCAAAAUGGAUAUAGUUAUCAUCCUGGCAGUGCAGUUAUCAGUGGCGGUGUUGCUAUGCCUGGCUUAGCUGGACAUGCAAUGCCAGGAAAUGAAUGGGUCAAUAUGGGCUACAUCGAGAAUAACUACUCCAAUUCGAAUAAUGGUGGUAGUGUUAACUCACAAGACUCGCUAUGGCAGGUGAAAAUGUCUGCAGCUGCCAGUAAUCAACAUAAUCUGGUGCCAACUGCACACAAUAAUUAUAUUGAACAACAACCGAUGUAUGGGUAUGAUCCACUUACUCAUGGUGGCUACGGUGCCGUCGAUGAUUACGCAUCUUACCCACACUUGACAGCAACCCCCAGUCAACAUGGUGAUGAAUAUCAUAAUUUGUGUAACAGUCAAAAUCCAUCCAGACAGGACUAUUGCAGUGAUCCAUAUGCCUCUGUACAGAAGCCAAAAAAACGGAUUGAUCAACACUUGGACUCAUCAUAUCACGAUGUAACCGGUCUGCCGAAUCCCUAUAGCAUGGAGCAUAUGGAACAGGAUGAGGUGAUAUCGCCACAACAGCACAUGUCCUUAAGUUACGAUGACAGUUUUGAAGGUGAAUAUGCAUCAACACCUAACUCAAGAAAUCGCCGUGUCAUACGAGAGAUUAUCGUUUAAAAAUAUUGCAGCAAAUUUAAGUAGAACCGCAACAAAAUCGAAAAACCUAAACCCUAAAACCUAAACCCUAAAAUAAGUAAAAUAAAAACAAAAUAAAAAUCUAAAUUUUUAUUCAAAUUUACAGUUUAAAUUAAAAGUGUUUGUUAUUAAUAGAAUAACACACACAAUAUACCAUAAGAGAGUUGUUUAGAUUGGACUACAUUUAAAACACGAUAUUAACAUACACAUAAUAUAUCUGUAUCGGAUUUAUGUAUAUUUUCGAAAUGUGCACUUAUUGUUAAAUAAAAUAAGUUAAAUAAUCUCACAGACAAAAAAAAAUUAAUUAAGGCAAAAGCUAAAAAGCUAAAAAGCUAAAAACUCGAAUAAGUUAAAAACUUGCUGAAAAUUCUUGCAUAGGCAGCUCCACAUUCAUGUCCACCUUAAGUUCACCUUAAGUUCAUCAUAGCGUUAUUACAUAUAAUUAUUACAUAUUUUUUUUUAAUUCUUUAAACAUUAAAUUAAUUAUUUUAUAUACAUAAAUAUAAAUUUUAGUUCUUAACUUUGAAAAUGCAUUUUUUAGUUUUAGUUAAGUUUUUUAUUCAAACUUAAGUAUGACAACGUUUAUCAACGAAUAAAAAAAACACAAAUAGUUGCCAUUUUCGUACUUUUUGGAAGAAAUUUAUUAAUUAUAUAAAUUAAAUUUUAAUAUAUUAAUAUUAAUCUAAGCAAAAAGUGUUAUAUGAGAAAUUUUUGAACAUUUUAGUGAUAAACAUUAAAUAGCGAAUAUACAAACGUGUAGUUGGUGGCAUAGAUUCACCACGAACUUCUAUAGUUUUAAGUACCAAAAACAGCGCAAAUCUAUAGACAAAAAAAAUUCAAAGUCCACUUAAAAAUAUUUUACACUUGUUAAGAUUUUUUCUUAUUAUUUUGUAAACG